AUGGUAAUCAGACCCCGCGUCAAGCACAACUUUACGACGCUCUUUUGUUUGUGUCCUGGACAUCGGGGGGCUAACAAGGGGGCUGACAAGCGCAAUGCGUCGUCUGACAAGCGCAAUGCGUCGCCUGACAAGCGUAAUGCGUGGCCUGACAAACGCAAUGCGUGGCCUGACAAGCGCAAUGCAUGGCCUGACAAGCGCAAUGCGUGGCCUGACAAGCGCAGUGCAUGGCCUGACAAGCGCAAUGCGUGGCCUGACAAGCGCAAUGCGUGGCAUGACAAGCGCAGUGCAUGGCCUGACAAGCGCAGUGCGUCGUCUGACAAGCGCAAUGCGUCGUCUGACAAGCGCAAUGCGUCGUCUAACAAGCGCAAUGCGUCGUCUGACAAGCGCAAUGCGUCGUCUGACAAGCGCAAUGCGUGGUCUGACCAGCGCAAUGCGUGGCCUGACAAGCGCAAUGCGUCAUCUGACAAGCGCAAUGCGUGGCCUGACAAGCGCAAUGCGUGGCAUGACAAGCGCAGUGCAUGGCCUGACAAGCGCAAUGCGUCGUCUGACAAGCACAGUGCGUGGCCUGACAAGCGAAAUGCGUCGUCUGACAAGCGCAAUGCGUCGUCUGACAAGCGCAAUGCGUCGUCUGACAAACGCAAUGCGUCGUCUGACAAGCGCAAUGCGUGGCCUGACAAGCGCAAUGCGUCGUCUGACAAGCGCAAUGCGCGCAAUGCGUGGCCUGACAAGCGCAAUGCGUCGUCUGACAAGCGCAAUGCGUGGCCUGACAAACGCAAUGCCUGGCCUGACAAGCGCAAUGCGUCGUCUGACAAGCGCAAUGCCUCGUCUGACAAGUGCAAUGCGUCGUCUGACAAGCGCAAUGCGUCGUCUGACAAGCGCAAUGCGUCGUCUGAAAAACGCAAUGCGUGGCCUGACAAGCGCAAUGCCUGGCCUAACAAGCUCAGUGCGUCGUCUGACAAGCGCAAUGCGUGGCCUGACAAGCGCAAUACCUGGCCUGACAAGCGCAAUACGUCGUCUGACAAGCUCAGUGCGUGGCCUGACAAGCGCAAUGCCUGGCCUGACAAGCGCAAUGCAUCGUCUGACAAGCGCAAUGCGUGGCCUGGCAAGCGCAAUGCGUCGUCUGACAAGCAUAGUGCGUGGCCUGACAAGCGCAAUGCAUGGCCUGACAAGCGCAAUGCAUCGUCUGACAGGCGCAAUGCGUGGCCUGACAAGCGCAAUGCGUGGCCUGACAAGCGCAAUGCGUGGCCUGACAAGCGCAAUCGCAGCGCCUGGCCUGACAAGCGCAAUGCGUCAUCUGACAAACGCAAUGCGUGGCCUGACAAGCGCAAUGCGUUGUCUGACAAGCGCAAUGCGUGGCCUGACAAGCGCAAUGCGUCGUCUGACAAGCUCAAUGCGUGGCCUGACAAGCGCAAUGCGUCGUCUGACAAGCGCAAUGCGUCGUCUGACAAGUGGCCUGACAAGCGCAAUGCGUCGUCUGACAAGCGCAAUGCGUGGUCUGACAAGCGCAAUGCGUCGUCUGACAAGCGCAAUGCGUCGUCUGACAAGCGCAAUGCGAGGUCUGACAAGCGCAGUGCGUCGUCUGACAAGAUCAUGGUCGGCGUAAGGAAAAAUGCGCCGCGAUGCAGUUACAGCACUCGUGAGCCCACUCCCUCUCAGCCCACUCCCUCUCAGCCCACUCCCUCUCAGCCCACUCCCUCUCAGCCCACUCCCUCUCAGCCCACUCCCUCUCAGCCCAAUCCCUUUCAGCCCACUUCCUCUCAUCCCACUCCAUCUCAGCCCUCUCCCUCUCAGCCCACUCCCUUUCAGCACACUUCCUCUCAUCCCACUCCCUCUCAGCCCACUCCCUUUCAGCCCACUCCCUCUUAG